AUGACGGCUGGGUCAUUGGGCGAGUUCAGUGCUGAAGUGACCUACCAUGCAUCAAUGGCGAGCGGCAGAUUCCCCAAAAAAAUCUGGCAGACCUGGAAAGUCGAUCCUCUGGACUUCGAAGAGAGGGACUUGACUACUGCUCGCACCUGGAUCAUGAAGAAUCCAGACCACCGAUACGAAGUCUUGACGGACCAAAACGACUUAUACUAUGUCGAAACAUAUUUCGGCCCUGCCGGCUUCAACCGACCUGACAUUGUACACGCAUACAAGUCGCUGACUGCGAGGAUUGUCAAAGCAGAUCUACUGCGGUAUCUUGUCAUGUACGCAGAAGGCGGUAUCUAUACAGACAUCGACGUUGAAGCACUGAAGCCAAUCGAACGCUUCAUCCCAAGUCGAUACAACGAGAAAGACGUUGACAUGGUCAUCGGCAUUGAAAUUGACCAGCCCGAAUUCCGCGACCACAGCAUUCUUGGUGGGAAAUGCGAGUCGUUUUGCCAAUGGACAUUCAUGUCAAAGCCUCGACUUCCAGUAAUGAUGAGACUCAUCAACAACAUUUUGAAAUGGCUCAACGAUGUCUCUGCAAGGCAAGGGGUUUCCAUCUCAGAAAUUCAACUCGACUUCGACGAGGUGAUCAGUGGCACAGGGCCAUCGGCGUUCACUCGAGCCAUCAUGGAGGAGAUGGCCGCACGCACAGGCGAGGAAGUCCACUGGGAUUGCUUCCACAAUCUGGGAGAGUCUAAGCUGGUCGGUGGCAUUCUCGUCUUGACCGUCGAGGCCUUCGCAGCCGGGCAGGGACAUUCGGACUCUGGCAAUCACAACGCUAAGACGGCGUUAGUGAAGCACCAUUAUCAUGCCUCAGGUUGGCCGACCACCCAUCCUCGCUACACGCAUCCAGUAUAUGGCGAGGUGGAGAAGUGCAACUGGGACGCAAACUGCGUCAGAGAGUGGGACGAGAACAAGACAGCGUUCGACGCGUUGUCACCGGAAGAACAGGCAAGUCAAAUUGCCAUGAAGGAAGCCGCUGACGCAGCUGUAAUGGCUACAGAGGCAGGCUUUCCCGCAGCGGGACAAUUGACCAUUCCAUAG